CGCCGUGUCCUCCAGGCCGUGUCCGCUUCCCUCCGCAUAGCAGCAAGUGCGCGCGAGCUCUCCAUGCCCCUCUUCUCGCGCCGCAGCCCCCGCGGCGCCGCCAGCGACCCCUUCCCCUCCGGUUCGCACGGGACCGGCGUGCAGGACACGACUGCAAAGCUCACGCUCCUGCGUGGAGUCACCGGCCCCGAGGCACGCGAGGGCGACCUUCUCGCGCUGCUGGAGCGGCACGGCGGCGACGUCAAUGCGGCGAUCAACACCUACCUUGACGCGGGCGUGCACGGCGCGCCGCAGCCGCCGCCGGGCGCCGCCGCCUCGUCGUCGGCCCCCGCCCAAGCGCUGCUCCAAGUCACUUGCCCGGCGGGCGUGCGCGCGGGCGAGGAGAUCCAGGUCUCCGCGCCGGCCGGCCUGAUGCGGGUCGUCGUGCCGCAGGGCGUGGCCCCGGGGCAGACCUUCCUGAUGCGCUGCCCCGGCCAAACCGCGCAGCAGCAGCAGCAGCAGCAGCCGUCCGUCGUCGUGGUGCGCCAGUCGCCGCGGUGUGUGGUGGCGCGGCCGUACGGCUGCUACGGCGGCGGCUACUAUGGCGGCUGCUACCGGCGCGGCUACUACGGCGACCCUUACGUCGGCGCGGGUGUGGGGCUGCUCGGAGGCUUGCUCGUGGCGAACGCUCUCUUCUGGUGAGAAAGAGGCUGGUGAGCAGGUCGCCGUGGCUAGGAUGCUAGGAUCAGGGGGGCGGGGAGGGGCGAGGGAGCGGCGGCUAGGGGGGCUGAGGGGCAACCUUGGGUUAGGAUGGCGCGGCUCACGGUGUCUAUUUAGACCGGGCGGAUUAUGGAGCACGCCCCGACGGUCGUCUGGCUAUUUAAAUCGGAGUAGGACUCUCAAGUCUCAUCUGCCAUAUGUUCCCCUGUUUUCAGUUGGGCGGUCACCCGCGCGCCGCGGGUCAGUGCACAGUCACGAUAAAGAAAAAGAAAAUAUCUCCGC